AUGCCUGUAGGCAGCUGUGGAGUACCUGGUCUCCAACCAGUUCGUGACCCUGUAUUGUUUCCUCUGGGACUGAAGGAAGAAGCCACAAUAUCGUUAGGUUCUGAGACCAUUACAAUACAUGCGAAGGAUUUACGGAAGGUAGCUCAUUUAGGGUCUGGCUAUUAUGGGAGGGUAGAAAAAAUGGUCCACACGCCCACUUCACAUGAAUUUGCUGUCAAACAUAUUUCAGUUCAUUUGAAUUAUCUGUCCAGACCUCUUAUUUCUCGUGAAUUGGCUGUUGGUACGCGUUGUAACCAUCGUUCUGUCGUGACUUGUUAUUGUGGCCUCUUUUGCGAGGGUGAUGUUCUAAUUGUCAUGGAACUAAUGGAUACGUCUUUGGAUAAAUUAUUGAAGAAAGUUUACAAUUCCGGUCGCAUUUUUCCUCCUGAUGUCUUGGCUUACAUUGUAUUGUCAGUUGUUGAAGCUCUUGAGUAUCUCCAUCAACUUGAAGUUAUACAUCGUGAUGUAAAACCAUCUAAUAUGCUUGCUGAUUGUCAGGGUCGAGUAAAGGUCUGUGAUUUUGGAAUAUCAGCUGAUCUAGAGAAUUCAAUUGCGCUAACCAAUAUAGGUACUCGAGCUUAUUUAGCUCCUGAACGAAUUAACACACGGGAGAAUGAAGGCUUCUGUAUUCGUUCCGAUGUUUGGUCACUUGGUCUCAGUGUACUGGAAUUAGCAACUGGGAAACCUUGUUAUCCUCAAUCACAAAAUGUAUUUCAGCAAUUAGUCCAGGUUGUCCAUGAACCGUCACCACGAUUACCAGAGUCAAGUCCAUACCCAGAUUCCUUACGCAAAUUCAUUGAUUCAUGUCUCAUGAAGAAUAAAGACGAUAGACCGAAUUAUGUUCAACUACUGAAAUCAGAAUUUCUGUCCAAUGUGGAUGCUAAAAGUGGUCAAGAAUCAUUCAAAAAAUUCCUAGUAGAUUUUCUUGAUGAUAAUUAA